AAAUCAGCUGUCAUCUGUCAAAUCGAUGUUUAUUUUCUAUUGCUAGAUUGUGUGUGCAUGAUUUUGCAAUAAAUUAAUAUUUCUUUGUUUCUGGUAAAGUAAACAAAAAAAAUAUCAAAAUGUUUCAGUUUGGUUUCAACAUGUUUCAUGAAAUAUCGAGGCCUUUCAACAUGACCUACAGAUGCUUCUCAGUGUCCAUGCUGCCAGGAAACGAGAGACAGGACGUUGAGAGGGGAGGCAAAAUAAUCAUGCCACCGUCAGCGCUAGAGCAGCUUACAAGGUUGAAUAUAGAGUACCCCAUGAUCUUCAAACUGACCAACAAGAAGUCCAAGAGGUCCACACACUGCGGAGUGCUGGAGUUUGUGGCUGAUGAGGGGAAGGUGUACUUGCCACACUGGAUGAUGGCCAAUUUGGUAAUGGAGGAGGGUACUAUGCUCCAGAUUGAGAGUGUGUCCCUGCCCGUUGCAACAUUCUCCAAGUUCAAACCACUUUCUGAAGACUUCUUAGACAUAAGCAAUCCUAAAGCAGUACUGGAGAACUGCCUACGUAACUUCUCAUGCCUGACGACCGGUGACGUCAUCGCCAUCAAGUACAACUCCAAAGUGUACGAGCUGUGCGUGCUGGAAACAAAACCUGGAAAUGCGGUCAUCAUCAUCGAGUGCGAUAUGAACGUAGAAUUCGAAUCUCCCGUCGGCUACAAGGAAGAGGAGCGUACAAGCCAUGAGGCCCAGGGCGAGGCGGAACACGACCCCGCAGCCCUCAUGCCCGAACCGAGCGGCUUCGUGCCCUUCAAGGGGGAGGGAAACAGGCUGGAUGGCAAGAAGAAGAAGCUGGUCAGCGAGAGCGACUCGGAGCCGGCGACGCAAAGUCGGCAGCCCUACGUCCGCGGCAUCCCCGACUACGACUACCAGAUCGGCACGAUCCGGUUCAUCCGCACGCGGCCGUCCAGCGCGCGCGAGGAGGCGCCCAUCCAACCCUUCGAGGCCUUCAAGGGCGAGGGCUUCACGCUGCGCACUGCCAAGUCCAACUAAUUACGUCUGCUCAUGUUUCAACCACGAAAGGCACGCUCCGAGCGUAUAUUGGUUAAAACAAUUGUACACGUUCGGAGCGUGCAUUUCGUAGGGCUCGGGUUAACCUGUCCUCAGUACGGAUAUCUCCAGCCAAAAAAAAACCAUAACAUUUGUCAAGGCCUUGAGAAAAAAGCAACCCUCUAUAUAGCCGGGCCGGAGAUCUCCGUCCAGUAUUUUGUGCCCCAUAUUUGUUACGUAUGGAGAUCUCCGGGCCAUUUUAACCCCAGUUAAAAAGCAGUUUUAUUAAAAUCAGCUCGGGUGCAAAAAAAAUCCAUCGUAACGACCCUGGGAUGGCCCGCGCGGGUGGUGAGCGGGAGACAAGGGCAACAAAUAAUAGGCCAUUGGCCGGUAAUCUCCGGCCUGGGUAGAUAGAGCGGUGUUUUUUUUUGACAGCUUGUAGAUGACAGGUUAAGGGUAGCUAAAGGCUUUGUCACACUGCAGCGUGGCACGUGUUAUGCUUUCGAUCCGAUCUCACGGUACAGGGCGGGGGUAAUGUCUGCGCCUGGCUUAGACCCCGCUGCAGUAUGACGAAGCCUCAAGGCAGGUGUUUGGAUCAAGCCGCGAAUAGACGCAAGGAGUUCAAGGGGGGUUUUCGCGGCGCACUGCCAAUGUUUUACCUAGUACUCGUGACCUGCUAUAUAAAAAAUCUCAUACGGCGAAAAAUUUGAAAAUUAAGUUAACCAAUAUUGGUCAUCAGAUAGGUCUGACUUGAGCCAAUUGAACCUGCUCCAUCUUAGCACUCCAAUUCAAGAGUGAUAGAGACAGAGAUACAUAAACUGAGAAAUUUAUGACAGCCCCCAAGAUAACAGAAUUGGCUGCUGAAUUCCUUAUUCAAUAAGGAACAGUGGAAAUUAGAAAUAAUACCGUGUCGUAAGGUAGAGUAGGACCGAGCUAACUCUGACAAAGUGUGGCAACAACGGGCAUCGGCUAAAGGUUGUGGCGCCAUCGCGCGAAACGAUGCCGCCAUACCUUUGGCCUUUGAUCUUUUAGAUUGCGCCACUUUUUGAUAUUUAACAAAUUUAACACAUAUCAGUGAAAGAAUAAGGAUCAAAGUCAAAUGGCGUUCUUAAAGUUUUAAUCAUGUGUCGAAAGAUGGCAGUAAACUUACUGUGGCUACAAGGUUUUCUUUGACAAUCCACCUCUACUUCAAAUUCUCUUUGGUAACCGUCAUAAUUUCAUAGAAGUUUGAAAUAAAACUUGCGCCAUCUGGGCUAUCAAAAUCGCUGCCAACUUAGCUUGGUCUGACUCUAGCUCUCUUGGUGUCACGGUCACAUGAAUGAAUUAGAGAGAACAUAAGAUACGCUAAUAAUUUUUAAAAUAAAAGGCCACUACUAUCAUGUAUGAGAACGCUAUUUCUUGAGCUAUCCUUUCUGGCAAUAUUUACCAUUCCAUGUUUGUAUUAAAUUUAUUGAAAAAUAAUACUAAUAAUAGUGAUAGAAAUAAUUUGUCAAACAUGUUUUGUGGCCUCAUCCUUAGUAGAUUUUAUACAUACGCUGCUGUUGUACUGAAAGAUUCUGUGAAAUAAAUACACGUGAUCUCUA